AUGACCAACAAUCACAAUCACAACAACAACAACAACAGCACCCAACAAACGACCGUCUCCUCCUCCUCUUCAGCUUCCGUCUCCUCCUCGUCAGCCUCAGCCUCAGCCUCGACGCCGAUGGAGUACGAGGCGAAUCUGGCGGCGGCGAAGGAGCGCCUGGCGCUGCAGGAGGCCAAGAUUCGACAGCUGCAACUGCUGCGCGCCCAGAUCGGCAAGCAGAGGGGCUCCAAUGCCAACAUCUGCUCCGAAGUGGAGACCAUCAAGAUUCUGUACCGGGAGAAGGAGCGCGAGCUGACGGUGGCCAUGGGCAAGAUCGAUGCACUGACGCGCCAGUUGGAGGAGCUGAAGAGGGGCAACUGUCGAAACAGCUACAGCCUGCUCACUAACAGUAACAACAACAACAACAACAACAACAGGGCCAGCCAGCAGACGCAGGGCCUCGAGCUGGAGAAACUGAGACAGGAGUUGCUGCACAAGAACAAGCUCGCCAAGCAGCAGGACGAGGAGCUGCUGUUCAAGCGAAAGGCCCUCUACAAGCGACAGGCGGACAUGCUGGCCAUCGAACAGAGGGUUACCGAGCUGAGGUCGAGGCUGGCGAGGAAGCGACAGCUCAAUCAGCAGAUGAUUGGCAGUGGAGGAGGGGCCAGCAGAACGACAGCGGAGAACAACAGCAGCAACAACAGCUCCUCUGGUCAGCACCUUCCAACAAACUCCAAAGAUCAGACUGAGGUGUCCUCCACCACGACGACCACCGCCUCAACUGCGCUCUUUAACGGAAAGACGGGAGUUUUGAGGAGUUCCCUCGGUGGUACUGGCGCUUGCAGUGCCACCACCUACAAAGUGCCAUCCUCCUCUUCCAGUUCCUAUGUGAGCAAGCCAAACAACAACAACAACAGCAACGCAUCAUCCGCCUCACAGCUGUCGCCAAACAUUGCCACCGUUGAGCCGCUUCAACGGCUCAAACAGCAGCAGCAGCAGCAACAACAGAAGCAGCAACAGGAAACGAUGCUCAAGCAAUUUGACUUUGUUCCUCCCACCAUUGACCAUCAGCAGCAACAGCAGCAGCACUCUCUGAGCGGCAGCAAAUCUGGACGGUCGUGCUCCUCUGCUGAGAACAGCACCCUCUCCACGCCCACCUCUGGCGUCUACUCCUCCUCGGACAUCUUUCUGCAGGAGGAGGAGGAGGAGGAGGGCAAAGGUCACUGCUCCUCCUCCUCACUGCUGCUCAGUUCAGUUGAGUCAGAGGUGAGCAGCUCGGACCUGGUGACCAUGGAGUUUGAGGAGGACAUCGCCGAGGAGGAGGAGGCGGAGGAGGAGCAGUUUGAGGAGAACCGGCGGAAUGAGGAGCUUGAAGAGAAGAGCGGCCGAAGUACCUCGGUCAGUGAAAUUGUCAACCGCCUCAACCAGUGGUCGGUGAGCAGCGGGGAGAGCAGUAGUAGCACCGACUGGGAGAAGAACAGGCGACGGCCAGUGGUGGCAGACAUGGAGAAGCAGUUGAUGAACAGCAGGGAGAAGGAGUCGACGACGACGAUCAAAGACAGAAGUGCCAAUUCACCGCCCGAACAAAAACAGAGGAGCAAAAGCUCAACAACAACAACCGCCGCCGCUGCCGCCAAACAGGAUCUGGCCAACAAUAACAACAAAAACAACAAUUGUACAGCGGAUGUGACGUCCACUGACGUCGAUGACAACGGAAAUGAAAACAAGAAGAACAAGAUGACGACCAUGAGCAAGCCAAAACGGAUGAAGGGCAGUCUGAAGUUGAGUGGAAAGCAAGAGAAUGAGAACGGAAAGAAAAAGGCACCACUCGGUCGGCGGGUCAGCUUCGAUCCACUCGCCCUCCUCCUCGAUGCCGCGCUCGAGGGCGAGCUGGAGCUGGUGAAGAAAACCUCCAGAGAGGUGCCCAAUCCGAGUGCCUCCAAUGACGAGUCCAUCACCGCCCUGCACAACGCCACCUGUGCCGGUCACUUUGACAUAGUGCAGUACCUGGUGGAGAUUGGCUGUGAUGUCAAUGCACAGGACAAUGACGGAUGGACGCCGCUGCACUGUGCCGCCUCGUGCAACAACCUGCCGAUGAUUCGGUACCUGGUGGGCGCCGGUGCCUGUCCCUACGCGGCCACCUUCUCCGACCGAGAGACGGCGGCGGAGAAGUGCGAGGAGGACGAGGACGGAUUCGACGGAUGUUCGCAGUACCUUUUUGGCAUCCAAGAUCAGAUUGGCAGCAUCAACGGCGGUCUGGUGUACGCGCAGUACGACUACGAGGCGGUCAAUGAGGAUGAGCUCAGCUUCAGACAGGGCGAUCGGGUGCAGGUGCUGAGGAAGGUCGACGAGGUGGAGAAGGGCUGGUGGUGGGCGAGGAAGGUCUGUAAGGCCAAUCAACAGGAGGAGGACAAUCACCAGCAGAAAGAAGAGGAGAAGGAUGGGCAGAAGGAGGGAUUCAUUCCGAGGAAUCUCUUUUCGCCUGUACCAGAUUCGCCUUCAGCUGAAGCUGCCCAACUGCAAAGUGCCGCACCGGGUGGAAGUGCUCAGCAACAACACCAACAACAACAAUGGCAGUAG